UGUAAUCUGAAGCAAUUAUCUCAUGCCGCGAAACUCAGAAAGAGUGAAAGCGAAGGGAGAGAGAACAUUUUAGGGAAGUAAUAAAUGAUUCCCCUGAAAAAACAAACUGAAUCAACGAUCUAGGGUUUGAGGGAAGAAGAAGAGGGAAAUGGGUUGGGGAUGGACGAUCUAUGAAGGAGUUGUUAUAACAGGGUCUCUUUCGUUACUUGGAUGGGCAGGACUUUGGUUUCUUAAUAGAAGAUUAUAUAAAGAGUAUGAAGAAAAAAGGGCUCUCGUUCAGAUCCUUUUUAGUGUUGUUUUCGCUUUCUCUUGCAAUCUUUUUCAACUUGUUCUUUUUGAGAUCCUUCCGGUUCUUUCUAAGGAGGCAAGAUGGAUAAAUUGGAAGGUGGAUUUGUAUUGCUUGAUACUGUUAUUGGUUUUUAUGUUGCCGUACUAUCAUUGCUAUUUGAUGCUUCGCAACAGCGGAGUAAGAAGGGAAAGAGCCGUGGUUGGUGCCAUCUUAUUCUUGUUGGCGUUUCUUUAUGCUUUUUGGCGCAUGGGCAUUCACUUUCCGAUGCCUGAUAAAGGGUUUUUCACCAUGGCUCAGUUGGUUAGCAGAAUUGGAGUAAUAGGUGUGACUGUCAUGGCUGUGCUAUCUGGUUUUGGUGCUGUCAAUCUGCCUUACAGUUACCUAUCUCUCUUCAUCAGGGAGAUUGAGGAAACAGAUAUCAAAGCUUUGGAAAGACAGUUGAUGCAAUCAAUUGAGACUUGCAAUGCAAAGAAAAAGAAAAUCAUUCUAUCUCAGAUGGAGAUGGAGCGAAUUCAAGAAUCUGAAGAGAAAGUAAAAUCUAGAUCUUUUCUGAAGCGUUUUGUUGGAACAGUUGUUCGUUCGGUUCAGGAGGAUAAGAAAGAGCAGGAUAUUAAAAGCAUGGAAGCAGAGGUACAAGCCCUAGAAGAGCUUUCAAAGCAGCUAUUCUUGGAGAUUUAUGAGCUACGCCAAGCUAAGGAAGCUGCUGCAUAUUCUCGAACCUGGAGGGGUCACUUACAGAAUCUACUGGGUUAUGCUUGUUCCGUUUAUUGUGUUUAUAAAAUGAUAAAGUCUUUGCAGAGUGUUGUUUUCAAGGAUUCUGGUUCAGUUGAUCCUGUGACAAUGACAAUCAGCAUAUUUUUGCAGUACUUCGAUAUAGGCAUAAAUGCUGCACUGCUAUCUCAAUAUAUCUCUCUGCUAUUCAUUGGAAUGCUGGUGGUGAUAUCUAUCCGAGGCUUCUUGUCAAAUCUAAUGAAGUUCUUCUUUGCAGUUUCCAGAGUUGGUAGUGGAGGAUCAUCGACUAAUGUUGUAUUGUUUCUGUCUGAAAUAAUGGGAAUGUAUUUUAUAGCGUCAAUUCUGUUAAUAAGGAAGAGUUUAGCAACCGAUUACAGGAUAAUCAUCACUGAUGUAUUGGGUGGUGACAUUCAGUUCGAUUUCUACCAUAGAUGGUUCGAUGCAAUUUUUGUAGCCAGUGCUUUCCUCUCCGUGCUCUCAUUUUCAGCACAUUACACGUCUCGCCAAGCUGACAAGCACCCAAUUGAUUAAUUCUUGUUUAAAAUGUGUAAUUCGUUAUAUCGAUUGUCUCAAUCUGGCUUUUGUAUGCCUCAGGUUUGUUCAGGGACGAUUUGGGCACCUCUAUGUUUUUAUUUAUAGGGGUCGCCCUGCAUCAUUAUAGAGUUGUCUGUAUUAGGUUGAGAAGUCCAAUUUAUAUGUGCCCUAGUCGAUUCCUCAACUCAGGUCUUCUUUCGACCAAUCUCCACUGUAGAAUGUAGAUAUUAUUACUCUGGAGAUAUUAUACCCCUUCAUUUGUUGUACCCAUAAUCAAGAUCCCUUUCUGUAAUGACAAUUUGUUUAUCAAAAUUAUUUCGAGUAUGUAAUAUAAGUGAUAAAACAAAUAGUA